GUUUAUGUUUUCCGGAUGUUUUGAGUCUUGACGUUCAUCCAUGAUAAAUGAUUGAAAUUGUUGAAAACAAGGCUUAGAGUGCUGCUGUUUCCUGUUGUCAACAGCUAUCACAGGUUUCUGAUUCACAAGGUAGUCAAGGGUUUCUCAGAGCUCCAUAGUUUCUCCAUAGGACAGGGUGACACUCGAAGAACUGUUGUUACAAAAGUUCAGAGGCUAGACCAGGAAGACCCGUGGUCCAUGUCUUCCCUUCGACCUCAGUCAUCCAGGGGGAGAGGAAGAGGUCGUCAUGGGAGUCCAGGUGUCAACACAAAUGUGACGGCUAGAGAACCCACAAGAGACCACAGUCCUAAAGAUAACCAGUCUCCUGCUGCUGGUGGUGGGAACAGACACAGACAAAAGAAACCAGAGGUGCAAAGGUAUGUCCCUAGAGGGCGUCGCCUAUUGAACCAACAAGACGAAGAAGCCAAAGUAGAGCAGGUGGGAAAUUGCGGCAGUUCAAAUUUGUCUGGCAAGGGAGAUAAUUCACCAAUAAGGAAUGAAGACCAGCAAAAAGAUGUCAAGAAAAGAACAAAGAACGAAGUUUACAUUCCACCAGGAAGAAGGGCAGUCAAAGAGCCAGAGAAUCAGGAAUCAGAAAGUGAUACCAAAAAGGAAGGAAGUCAGUUUGAAGAUGCUGAUGUUAAUGCAAUUUUAACAAGUGAAUCUUCAGACCAGAAAUUUACAGAUGAUUCCCACCAUGAAAUCAAGGAACUUUCUCCCGCCAAUAGAACUAUAGAUAAUAUUGUACUAGUGGGGAAUGAAAGAAUUCAUAACUCAGAAAGUAUACCACAAGAUAAUGUAGAUAAAGCUUGUGUAGGGUUGCUCAAUGACUGUGAUAAAAUGGAGGGUACAGUGGAUCUAAAUGAAGAAGACAAAAUAGAUGUCGAUUCAAAUCAUGGUGACCAUAUGGAAUGUGAAGAUAGCUUAAAUGAAAAUGAAACUGAGAAAGAGAAAGUUGUGGAAGACACAAGUGAAAGUGAAAGGACUAGUGUACAGCCUAAAGAGUUGUUAAAGGAAACAGUAGAAGCCAUAAAGACAGAAGAUCAAGAAGUGAACAUGGAAGAUACAGAUGACAUUCCAUUGAAUUGGGAUGAUGAUGUAGAGGAGAGCAAUGAAGCAGAAGAAAGGGAUUUGGCAGAAGGCAGGAAGCAGAAAAGUGGAAAAGCUAGUGAGGAAAGUGUGAAGCAAGAAGUGAAAGGACAAGUAAAUCAAGCAAGUGAAGCCAAGUCAGAAAGUAAGAAAAUAAAACUGAAGAAGAUGAAAAAGAAAAGUAAGGUGUCAAAUGAAAGUAAGGCGGAGGAGGAGACGCUUUCUGUCGAAAAGAAAGGCAAGAAGAAGUCCAGCAGAUCCAACAUUAGUGUGUUCGAUAUGAUGAAUAUGCAUGAGUUGCAAGAGGAGAAAAAGGAAGAUAUGAAGGUGGAGACAAAAGUGGAAGUGGUACCAGAAGUGGAUCCUCAAGAGGAUACACCCAAGGGGGAUAACUCUGAUGAAGAGGGAGAUUCUUGGGAUAAAAUGUUUGAUGAUGAUGGAGAAUGUUUGGACUCUAAUAGCAUUGAUGAGUUAACAAAGACAGUGGGCAAAGUAAAGAUUGAAAAAGCCACUAUCAAUUAUUUGGAUUUUUCACCCAAAGAACCUGACUUUGACGAAAUGAACCAUGUGAUAGAAAUAUACGAUUUUCCUGCCGAGUUUAAGACUGGGGAUCUUCUUUCCAUUUUCUCUCAGUUUAACAGCAAGGGUUUCGACAUCAAAUGGGUGGACGACACACAUGCCCUGGGGGUGUUUUCUAGUGCAAUUGCAGCUCAAAAUGCCUUGAAGCUCGUACAUCCACUGUGUAAGUUUGGACCAUUGUCAGAAGCAAGCAAAGCCUGCAAAGCUAAAGCCAAAUGCUCAGUAGAAUUUCUCCAGCCCUACAAGCCCCGACCUGAGACGACUGCCAUGACAGCCCGGAGACUCGUGACCGGGGCCCUGGGCAUUGCCCCAAAGGUUUCCAAAGAACAGAGAGAGCUAGAGAGAAAAAGACUCAAGGAAGCUAAAGAAAAGAAGAGAAACGACAGGAAGCAGAGGGAGGAUAUCUGGGAAGGAACGAUAUCAUCGAACAGUUCUUCAUGAGUCGUACUGUAAUGAAAGUAAUGGACUAUACCAUCGAACAAUUCUUCACGAGGCAUACUACAGUUAUUAGAUAGAUUAGAACAAAUCAACAAAAUUACUUGGAUGGAACUAGGAACUAGAAGCUUUUAGAUGGAACUACAAGUUUUUACAUGAACUCUGACAAUGCACAUGUUUGUCUGCAUAUAGCGAGUGGGGACAGUCAGUGUGAUAAAAAUGACUAAAACUACAGAGAUCUAUCAUGUGUAAACUGUCUUUUUUAUAUACAGAGUGAACAAAAUUUCA